AUGUCUUCUCUGGACGAGAGCCUCCGAAACCACGUUUGGUUGGCUCAGAGAUGGGUCCAGGAAACUAUACAAGUUUGGACGUGCAAUUUUGCUGACAGGCUGAGCGCGCAAUUAAGGGCAGCUGAACGUCUGACAGUGAAUGUCCAUGUUUUACAUCGAUCGGGUGCUGGCGUGGUUUUGCACUCCGAAGAGGUGUGGCGGAUGUUGCCAGCUGAUUGGCGCGCAAGACGAGCUGCGCUAUUGAAGCAGUGGCGUACACACAGUAGCUCGGAUAGAUCAGGGACCAAAAGCGCACCGGCCAAGCCAUUUGGGGGACGAGCGCCUUCGGACUUUCUGAUGAAAGUGCAUCAGCUGCGUGAUUCGCUGCAGUUAAUGGAAGCAUCCGCAGUCUGUGAACUGUGGCAUCUUGAGGCUGCCUUGGUCCUUGUGUCCAAAGGCUUCGAACAACUACAACAACUGGAUGGCUUGUAUCGUAAAGACUUGAAGUCCUGGUCGGACAAUGCGAGGGUCCAGACGUUACUGUUCAAGGCUCUUGAUGCAGUCACGAAUGCUGAGACUGUCAAAAGGGCAAGAAUUUCGAGUGGGCAACCCAAAUUGGAAGCGCAGCACAUUUCGGCAGAUGCAGUGGCAUGUCAGGCCAAUGAGUUCUGGGCAGAGGCUGAUGGCUUGAAUGUUUCUCCCGGGGGUCCUCGGGAUCGCGUUGCGGCUCUGGCAAAAAUACAAGCUCACGAGGCGCAGCGUAUGCUGGAGAUCAAAGCAGCGAGCUUGAAGGCGUCUACUCAGAAGAGGAGCCUAGCCUCGGUGGCUUCGGGCCUGCGUUGCUGGCAUCAAUUUGCUGUGACCGUUUUGCAGUAUCGCCCCGAGGAGACCCUCCCGCCGAAGUGUGCCAGAGACAUAGUUUAUUUUGUUGCCAUCUUUCAAAACCCAGGCACGGCCCGGAACUAUGUUUCGUAUGUUCGUUGGGCGUGCGUGUUCCACAGACUGGAUUGCGCGUGGUUUGACCCAGAAGUGCAGAUGGUUUUGCGAGGCUUGGACAAGCGCUACAUUGAAAGUUUGCCUGGGCAACUGUCAGACAAGCCUUUGCUCACCGAAGAUAUGGUGGCAAGGCUGGUCACUCUCUGCAGUGAAAGACCUGGUUUUGAGGACUUGGGUGAUCUGUUCUUGGUGGCUUGGCAGUUUUUGCUCAGGGUGCCAAGUGAGGGCAUUCCCCUCCAGUACGGGGAUCGCAGUGAGCUGCACAUCCUUCCGGAUGGCCGGCACUCCGCGCUAACUGUGGAUGGGCAGUUCUGUGCGCAUUUGCGCCUCCGACGCAGGAAGCAUCGGCCACAGGGGUCACUCUUGUCCAGGCCGUGCUGUUGCAAUGGAGAGCGUAGCGUAUUGUGCGUAGGCCAUCGCUUGGGAGAGAGAUCAAAAGCAUGCAGCUCAGGAGAUUCAGUGGUGACUCGCUCAAGACAUGACUGCUUGAAACUGUUCCAUAACUCCCUCAACUUGUUGGGUGUCUUGGGCCCGGAAAGAUACACAUGGAAGGCCUUUCGAGCAGGGAAAGCCACCUCCCUUGUUAAGCAAGGGUUCCCACUUCCGCAUGUUCUUUCAGCUGGAGAAUGGAAGAGCCAAGCGGUGCUCAACUACGUCUCUGAAGAUCACAUAGAAAAUGCCGCUUUUCUUCGCUUGAUAGAGUCCGAUGAUGAGGCCUGA